GUGGAUUUAGUGCUGGUGAUAAUGGCAUCAGGAAUUCUAUUCGUGUUUUUCCUUGUGGUGCCGACGAUCCGGGCUGGCUUGGCUACAACUCCCACCCGGGUGCGGCAGGAUCAGAGAACAGCAAACGCCGAAUUACUUCCGCAACGUCCCAGCCUGUCCAACGCGACGGAGGUGGACGUACCUCUCCGGACAUCAACCCGCGACGCAGAAGCCUGCACCCAGGAGGGUCCCCGGUGCAGCCCGGACUGCAGGAAAAUAGAAAUAUGCGAGAAGAUCGGCGAUUCGUUGGGAGUGCACGCGACCGUAACGUGCGCGGGCACCACGCCGUACUGCGACGUAGAAACUCUCGCCUGUUCCCAAACGUGCAAUCACGGUACGGGAAAUUAUGAAACGACCACCCUCACCACGACAACUUACGUUCCGGAGAAAUGCACUGAAGCUGGAACCAGGUGUAGCGAGGACUGCAGAAAAAUCGAAAUCUGUGAGAAAAAUGGCACUCAAUUAGGAGUGUCCGCAGUUAUACCAUGCCCAGAAAAUACCCCGUUCUGUGAUAUCAAAACAUUCAGCUGCUCGCUAACAUGUGAUAACGUGACAUCACUCACCACUGCAAUGCCGACUGAGACCACCACUUACAUACCCGACACAUGCACAACGACUGGCCCCAGAUGUAGCAGAGACUGUACAAAAAUUGAAAUAUGUGAACUUGAGAACAAUCAGCUUUUUUUGUCAGGAGUCAUAGAUUGCCAUGGAAAAACACCAUUCUGCAACAUUGAUACAAUUAGUUGUUCCGUAGAGUGCAAUCGCGGGAAAAACAACAUUACAUCAAUCACCGCAUCAUCACAAAUAGUAACUUCUACUAUAUCAACAACAACAGAAGAACAAACAUGUCAAAAAGUAGGAUACAGAUGUAGUUCCGAUUGCAGACGUUUCGAACUAUGCACUGAAAAUAACAAUGAAUUAGUGCUCUCAGUGCUCCAAACCUGUAGUGGGAACACACCUUUUUGCAACAUUGAUCUAGUUGGGUGUUCAACAAUAUGUAAAAUAACCAACGAAGUAACAUCCAAUACACAGACAACAAUCCCAAUCACUUCAACAACAUCACAAUCUACAACAACAUUAAAAACGACAGAAAUAUAUGAACCAUGUCAAAAAGUAGGAUACAGGUGUAAUUCCGAUUGCAUUCGUUUAGAACUAUGCACUGAAAAUAACAAUGAAUUGGUGCUCUCAGUAAUCCAAACCUGUAGUGGGAACACACCUUUUUGCAACAUAGAUCUUGUUGGAUGUUCAACAAUAUGUAAAAUAACCAACGAAGUAACAUCGAAUACACAGACAACAAUACCAAACACUUCAACUACAUCACAAUCUACAACAACAUUGUCAACCACAGAAAUAUAUGAACCAUGUCAUAACGUAGGAUACAGGUGUAGUUCCGAUUGCAUGCGUUUAGAACUAUGCACUGAAAAUAAUAAUGAAUUGGUGCUCACAGUGCUCCAAACCUGUAGUGGGAACACACCUUUUUGCAACAUUGAUCUAGUUGGGUGUUCAACAAUAUGUAAAAUAACCAACGAAGUAACAUCCAAUACACAGACAACAAUCCCAAUCACUUCAACCACAUCACAAACUACAAGAACAUUAUCAACAACAGAAACAUUAGAACCAUGCCAAAAAGUAGGAUACAGGUGUAGUUCCGAUUGCAUGCGUUUAGAACUAUGCACUGAAAAUAAUAAUGAAUUGGUGCUCUCAGUGCUUCAAACCUGUAGUGGGAACACACCUUUUUGCAACAUAUAUCUGGUUGGGUGUUCAACAACAUGUAAAAUAACCAACGAAGUAACAUCCAAUACACAGACAACAAUCCCAAUCACUUCAACCACGUCACAAACUACAACAACAUUGUCAACAACAGAAAUAUAUGAACCAUGCCAAAAAGUAGGAUACAGGUGUAGUUCCGAUUGCAUGCGUUUAGAACUAUGCACUGAAAAUAAUAAUGAAUUGGUGCUCUCAGUGCUCCAAACCUGUAGUGGGAACACACCUUUUUGCAACAUUGAUCUAGUUGGGUGUUCAACAAUAUGUAAAAUAACCAACGAAGUAACAUCCAAUACACAGACAACAAUCCCAAUCACUUCAACCACAUCACAAACUACAAGAACAUUAUCAACAACAGAAACAUUAGAACCAUGCCAAAAAGUAGGAUACAGGUGUAGUUCCGAUUGCAUGCGUUUAGAACUAUGCACUGAAAAUAAUAAUGAAUUGGUGCUCUCAGUGCUUCAAACCUGUAGUGGGAACACACCUUUUUGCAACAUUGAUCUAGUUGGGUGUUCAAAAACAUGUAAAAUAACCAACGAAGUAACAUCCAAUACACAGACAACAAUCCCAAUCACUUCAACCACAUCACAAACUACAAGAACAUUAUCAACAACAGAAACAUUAGAACCAUGCCAAAAAGUAGGAUACAGGUGUAGUUCCGAUUGCAUGCGUUUAGAACUAUGCACUGAAAAUAAUAAUGGAUUGGUGCUCUCAGUGCUCCAAACCUGUAGUGGGAACACACCAUUUUGCAACAUUGAUCUAGUUGGGUGUUCAACAAUAUGUAAAAUAACGAACGAAGUAACAUCCAAUACACAGACAACAAUCCCAAUCACUUCAACCACAUCACAAACUACAAGAUCAUUAUCAACAACAGAAACAUUAGAACAAUGCCAAAAAGUAGGAUACAGGUGUAGUUCCGAUUGCAUGCGUUUAGAACUAUGCACAAAAAUUAACAAUGAAUUGGUGCUCUCAGUGCUUCAAACCUGUCGUGGAAACACACCUUUUUGCAACAUUGACUAUGUUGGGUGUUCAACAAUAUGUAAAAUAAACAACGAUGUUACAUUCAAUACACAGACAACAACCCCAAUCACUUCUACCACAUCACAAUCUACAACAACAUUGUCAACAACAGAAAUAUAUGAACCAUGCCAAAAAGUAGGAUACAGGUGUAGUUCCGAUUGCAUGCGUUUAGAACUAUGCACUGAAAAUAAUAAUGAAUUUGUGCUCUCAGUGCUCCAAACCUGUAGUGGGAAUACACCUUUUUGCAACAUAGAUUUUGUUGGAUGUUCAACAAUAUGUAAAAUAACCAACGAAGUAACAUCAAAUACACAGACAACAAUACCAAACACUUCAACUACAUCACAAUCUACAACAACAUUGUCAACCACAGAAAUAUAUGAACCAUGCCAUAACGUAGGAUACAGGUGUAGUUCCGAUUGCAUGCAUUUAGAACUAUGCACUGAAAAUAAUAAUGAAUUGGUGCUCUCAGUGCUCCAAACCUGUAGUGGGAACACACCUUUUUGCAACAUUGAUCUAGUUGGUUGUUCAAAUAUAUGUAAAAUAACCAACGAAGUAACAUCGAAUACACAGACAACAAUACCAAUCACUUCUACUUCAUCACAAUCAUCAACAACUUUGUCAACAACAGAAAUAUUUGAACCAUGUAAAAAAGUAGGUUACAGGUGUAGUUCCGAUUGCAUGCGUUUAGAACUAUGCACUGAAAAUAACAAUGAAUUGGUGCUCUCAGUGCUCCAAACCUGUAGUGGGAUCACACCUUUUUGCAACAUUGAUCUAGUUGGGUGUUCAACAAUAUGUAAAAUAACCAACGAAGUAACAUCCAAUACACAGACAACAAUCCCAAUCACAUCAACCACAUCACAAAUUACAACAAAAUUAUCAACAACAGAAACAUUAGAACCAUGUCAAAAAGUAGGAUACAGGUGUAGUUCCGAUUGCAUGCGUUUAGAACUAUGCACUGAAAAUAAUAAUGAAUUGGUGCUUUCAGUGCUCCAAACCUGUAGUGGGAACACACCAUUUUGCAACAUUGAUCUAGUUGGGUGUUCAACAAUAUGUAAAAUAACCAACGAAGUAACAUCCAAUACACAGACAACAAUCCCAAUCACUUCAACCACAUCACAAACUACAAGAACAUUAUCAACAACAGAAACAUUAGAACCAUGCCAUAAAGUAGGAUACAGGUGUAGUUCCGAUUGCAUGCGUUUAGAACUAUGCACUGAAAAUAAUAAUGAAUUGGUGCUUUCAGUGCUCCAAACCUGUAGUGGGAACACACCUUUUUGCAACAUUGAUCUAGUUGGGUGUUCAAAUAUAUGUAAAAUAACCAACGAAGUAACAUCGAAUACACAGACAACAAUACCAAUCACUUCUACCACAUCACAAUCAUCAACAACAUUGUCAACAACAGAAAUAUUUGAACCAUGUAAAAAAGUAGGUUACAGGUGUAGUUCAGAUUGCAGUCGUUUAGAACUAUGCACUGAAGAAAACAAUGAAUUAAUUUUUUCAGUACUCGAAAUCUGUAUGAAGAAUGCGACACGGCGGGAGUACCAGCGCACCCAGUACCCUGACAUGAACUACCACAUUCCAGUGAAGAAUGCGGCGCGGCGGGAGUACCAGCGCACCUAG